GUGUAAUGUUGCCAUGGAGCGAGCCUGAUACAUCAGCGGGAGUUACGGUAGUCAGUUAGCUCUGGGUUACAGGAAAAGAUGACUGAAUACGUUGAUUGAUGAUUGAUACAGGCCCCGCCCCACCAGGAAGUACAAAUAUAAACUCAGCAGUGCUUUCACUUUAAGCGUUGUGUGUACGGGGGAUAAGACAAGCAAUACUAAGGGCAUCAACUUUAGCUUUAAAGAAGAGGGAUCAAGAAUGGAAGAUACCCAGAAAACAAAGCUUGAGGAGUUGCUGAUGUGCCCAGUGUGCCAGGACAUCUUUAAGGAUCCUCGGCAGCUGCCCUGUGGACACAGCAUGUGUAUGGGCUGUCUGGAAAACAUGAUGGGUCACUCCUCAGACAUUCCCUUCCGUUGCCCAGACUGUAGAGCACACUUUGGACCGAUCGUUGGGGUGCAGAAGAGCUACGCACUGGCCAACAUCGUGGAGGACCUUAGGGUGAACAGGAGGAGAAGGGAAGAACAGACAAAAAGUGUGUACUGCGACUGCUGCCUGGAGAACAAAACUCUGGCCAUGAAAACAUGUCUAAAGUGUGAGGUGUCGCUGUGCAAAGAGCACAUCAAGGACCACCUGGAGCUGCCGGUGUACACGGGACACCCCUUGGUCAGGCCUCUGAGUGACCUCCUGGAGAGGAAAUGCCCAGAGCACGAGGACGAGGUGCUGAGAUACUACUGCAAUGCGUCCAGGCGCUACAUCUGCAACGUGUGCGCCGUGGAGAGCAAGCAGCACAACCUGGCCACUGAGGCCUCCUCCGUCCUGCGGAGACAGCUGACUGAGUACAUGGAUCAACGCUUCAACAUGCUCAAGGAGCAAUCCAGUGAGUCUGUAAAAAAACUGCAAGAAGACAUUCAACGUGAAAAACAGAAAGUGAACCCCGCCGACUCAUCCCUCAACAGCGUCACAGUGGUGCUGCUCUGUUUGUGGUUCAUUGUUCUGUAUUACGCCUACAACUACUCUGUGGAAAACCAGAUGCUAACAGAAGCGCUGGACAAGCAGCAGAACCGCGUGCAUCACAUUUAUUCCACCAUCGCAGAACUCUUGGUUGAUCAUCCAAUGAAGAGCCACAGACUUCCAGAGACAGAAGAUCAAGGAUUUCUCAUGUUGGAUCUGAACACAGCCAGUCCUUUCCUCGGGGUCUCCGCUGACCUCCAAACAGCAGAGAGAAUAAAAACCAAGCUGGACUAUCCCAACAGUAAUAGUCGCUUCAAAGAAGCCCCGCAGGUCCUCUCUGCCCGGUGCUUCUCCGCUGGUAACCACGUCUGGGAGGUGGAGGCUGAGGGAUACUGGGACAUCGCCGUGUCAUACAAGAGCAUCCAACGUAAGAGCAAGGACAGCAGCGCCUUCGGAAACAACACAGAGUCCUGGAGCCUUACGCACAAUGGCAAAGGCGCACUGUUUGCCUACCAUAAUAAAAGAAAAACGGUCCUCUCUGGAACCUUGCAGAGCAGCCGAAUAGCAGUGAUGGUUAAUUUUGAGAAAGGCAACAUCGCGUUCAGUGCUGUGGAGUCCACAAUCACACCGCUGCACGAGUUCAAGGCUAAACUGACUCAGCCAGUGUGCCUGGGUUUGGGGCUUUAUCGUGUGGAUCCACCCAGUAGAGCCUCUAUUGUCAAGGCUUCAUGAAAAAUCCUGCAAACUAGCACAUUAUUUAGCUAACACUGGAUCCAUACAGUCUUAAAUCCAGCUGUAAUCAAGGAGAACUAUGGAUUUGCACUAAAAGUUUAGGGGUCUGAGAAUAAAGACCUGACUACGUCCAAGCCAAAUAAAAUGGAACAUUUACAUUUCCUCAGAAAUAUAUUUUUAUAUUGCAAGAUGUUUUUUUAAAGUAUGUAUAGUAGCCUAUGUGUGAUUAACUGAUUGUUCCUUUUUGUUUCAAAUGGCUUUGUUGGAUACUGGAUUCUGAUUAGUCAAUUGCGACAUUCUAGUCUGUUAUUUCUGAAUAACAGACCGUUGCUGUGGACACAGUUCUGAUCAUAGAUUUUGGAGAACCAUUUUUUUAUCAAUAAAAUCAUUUUUAAAUCAA